AUGCCGGUUACAAAACAAGGUCGCGUUACCAAAUCCAAAAAACCCCAGCGGGCGUCGGGAUCUCCCUCGAACAUCACUAAAAGCUUGCCAUUGGUGGAGCGGACAAAUGCGCUCGCGAUCGAACAAUUCAUCUCACAAUAUGUAUCACCACCCGAGGAAAGAAAGCCUUCAAGCGAUGGCCCUGAAUCCACCGUGACUGAAAACUCACUCGCAAAUGAAACCGACGUUCACAUGGACGUAUACUCCACGGCGACUCUCUCGAAAGAGGAUCUGGAGGCAUGUCUGGACUUGGUGGAGUCUACAUCUCGCGAGGACUACUCUGCGUCAAGUACAGGCUGGUCCCGGUCCAAAAAACGCCGGGAGAUGAGGCUGCCUGAAAUGAAGUACUUGAUUCUGCGCCGCCGCCCGGAAUUACCGGGGUUCUCGUCUCUUCAGCCAUCACGCGAAUCUUCAAAUGAGGUCCAGGUGGUGAAGGAGGGGACGAGGGACAAGCGCCGUAUCCUCGGAUUCCUAUCUUGCAUGGUUACAUAUGAAGACGGCAAAAAGGUGAUGUAUUGCUACGAGAUUCAUCUUGCUGCAGAAGCUCGCGGCCGGGGUCUGGGUGCCCUAUUGAUGCAGCGUAUGGAGGAGAUCGGGAGGCGGAUUGGGUUGGAGAAAUCCAUGUUGACCGUGUUUAGGUCGAACACCACUGCACGGAAAUUCUACGAAAAAGGCGGAUAUGAGGUGGAUGAGUAUUCUCCAGAGCCGCGGAGAUUACGAAACGGAACGGUAAAAGAGUCCGACUAUCUCAUCUUGUCGAAACCGUUGACGCCUUGA